AUGUUCUUAAACGCUAGUCUGUUGGGCGUUUCCCUACUUUUCGUUUUUGUUCUUCUCCCCACGCUCUGGUCGUCAUUUACAUUUAAAGCAGACGACCCUGUCGCAUGCAAUGUUAUAGCAAAAGCUGAUUUCGAAGACCACAACGCCGGACAUAACAUAUCUGGGACGAUUAUUUUCUAUGAAAAGACAUCUGGGAAACUUGAGGUUCAAUUGCAAUUCUUUGGCGGUUUACAUAAAGACAAGAGUAACGUCGAAUACGAAAUAGAAGUUGCGGAUGAAGUGGAAAGAGCUAUACACAACGUCGGACAUUUUACAAUAAACAAUAAUCCUGAUGGACAGAGUGAAAGAUCAAAUGGACAGAUAGUUUUAUCGAAACAAUUUAUAGUUGGAGAUGCGAUGAAAGACUUGGGUAUUUGUUCAGGGGAAGAUAGCGUUGUUGGAAUGCUGUUAACUGUCAAGAGAGAUGGAAUCAUCAUAGCUGAAGAGGAUAUAACUUCAGAGUGGUUAGGACCACGUUGA